CCUGAAAACUCCCAUUUCAGGUUCAGCCCUAGGGGCCCCAGGCCAGCCUUCAUCAGACGUUGACCCAUUCUACUGACGUCUCAUGGGAUUUCGUUUUUCAGAAUUGCCAGGAGUUAUUUACAUGCGUCAAUCGUUAGAAAAGGUAUUUUUUAUAUUAGAAAAGAGCAGACAAGAAUUCGUAGUAUAGGUAUUCCAAAGAUGACAAAACCAGGACGAAGCUCUCCUCACAGGCGAAAGAGGAAGACAAUGGUCAUUAAUCGGAAAUCAGUUUUGAAGAUGCUGACAGUAAUGUCGGAGUCAGGUGAAGAUGCUAAAAAUUUUGUCGACGAUUUCUUGACAUCUGGUAGAACGGGACGGCGCAAUGCCUUGCCUGAUAUAAUGGGUGAUCACUCACUUACGUCUACAGCCGACCUUCCAGAAAAGCUAACAAAACUCACGACAAAAGAUUCUCCGCAGGUGGGAACAUCAGGAGAGGCGCCUCAAGGAUCUGUGGAAGUUUCUAAGGAAGAAGACAACAAAGGACCAAGGUGAACAAGAGGCUUAGAGAUGUCUCAAACUCUUGAAUUGUGCCAUUCUUCAUGCAAUAUCCACGUAAUAGUUUACAUUUUAUUUAUGGUACGAAUAUCAAUUUCUGAAUAUCUAACAUAACGACAGUAGAGUUUUAAAGUAAAAAAAAAACAAAACAAAAAACAACAAAAAAACAGUAUUGUCUAUUCUGUGAUUUUUUUGAGUAAAUCAACAGUUUUAUUCCAACAGAAAUGUUGUAAAACUUAUAAGUCGUAAGACGACUAAAGUAUGUUUUUAUUUUGAAGUUUUUAUAGGUAUAUUUUAUUGAUAAAGAGUUUACAUAGGGUAAGAUUAAUUUAACACUUCUUAACUGUAUCCACUGCCAUCAAGUGGACAUUAUUUAUGUUUUUCUUCCCAUGAUAUAUAAUUUAUGGGACCAGAUAUACUAAAUAUGAGUUGAAUUUCAUCCUGAAUCGGAUUUUUUUGUUCCUUUUUCAGUAUUAGAUUUGAAAUUAAGUUGCAAAUGCAGGAUAUGAAUCUCUCAUCAGUUUUGUGGGAAAUAUAAUUUGCUAACUUUUUUUUAUUGAUAUAAACAUUUAAUCUUGAAUCAAAAAUGGUGAAUUAAGAAAUCAUAUAUAACUCGCUACACAAGCUACAACACAAAAUGUAUUACAUUUUUCACAGAAAAAAAUGUAAUGUAAAUUGACAAAAUGGUAAUCAGUAACCAAAUUUGUAAAAUUGAAUAUUUUUGUAUAUUUAAAGCAAGUACAAAAAAAUGGUAAUGGUAUUAAAAGGUUUUUUAAUUGUGCCUCAUGAAAAUGCACGAUGAUUGAAAAAAAACUUUUUAGGUGUAAGGAAAAAAAAAGAUAAAAAUGGAUUCAAUUUUGGAAAUUGAGCCAAUGAAAGAAACUGUUACGUCCAAUAUUUUAUAUGUUCCACAAACAUAUAGACUUUUGUCACAAAUUAAGAAACUUACGUUUUUGGUUUAAGUGUUAAACUAAGAACUAAAAAUUAUGUAGUACCAAU